AUGAAUAGAUGUAUAUAUAUAUCCAAAUAUUUACAAAACCACAUCGAAGUAAAUAUCUAAAAACAAAUGAAAACAAAUUUUGUAUCUGAUAUUCCGUAUCUAUCUCGAGGCCUAGGAUCUCCGCAUUAUCGUUAUUGUUGUAGUUCAUACAUAUGGAUGUACCAGGUAUUUUUCAAUACAAUUCAAUUCAAUAUCACUACCUACCUGGAUAUCAUAAAAUCUGCCCAGCCAUUCAUCAGAAGUGGCUGAAUCUUUAAAACUAGGUAGGUAAGGUUGGAAGGUUGCGAGGUACCUAGAUGAGUGAGUGAGUGAGUGAGGCACGGAAAUGCGCCUCGCCUACCAUUAGGCAAGGUCACAAAACCACCAUGUCGUUUCAUUCCAUCAUCUAUCCACCUCCCUAGCUAUUUAUUUUCCCAAAACGCAACAAAACAUCUUCUUCCCUAAUGCAAUUCCCAAAUAGAUGGGAAUUGAUCGUCGCUCACGAUUCCAAUUGUAGAUAAAUCUCUUUCGGGAUGGGAUGUUAAUUAUAUGGUGAUUUAGAGAUGUUCUAUGUUUACCUAUCAUUGUGUUUUGAGAUUGUGGUGCGAAACGCGUAUGAUAUCCUGGAUGGAUGAACGAAUGAACGAAUGAAUGAAUAGGGAGAGCCAACUUGUCACCAACAAUUUUCAGCAGGUUUGGGUUUUCUGCGGCUCAGUGGUUUGGGGGCGAUUUUUGGGUAGAGAUUGGAGUUACAAUAUUGUAACCUAUUGACGAAGGAGAGGCACAGCUUGAUGGUGUGGUGGGGUGCGGUGUGGUAUUGUUUGUUCGUUUGUUUAUGAUUAUGCUUUUUCUUGAUUCGACGAGUCGCGCAGAUACAUACAUUAUUCUGUAUUUGUUUGCGAUUCUUGAUGCUUUCUUCUUCUUCAGUGUUUGCAAUAUGUCUAUGUUUAUCAUUUCAAUUAAAUUAUCGAGAUUGAUCAGCGCGGAAGCCCGCAUUGUUAUUCUUGAUUGCAUAUCCGUGUGUACAUGAUUGGCUGGUUGGAGUUGUAGGCCUCAAAAUUGUAGCAGGUAUUAGGGCAGCGUUUAGCUCUAGAAUCUUGCCUGCUUUUUAUUGAUGGAGGGGUGCGGUAUCAUGCAUGUAUUGCAUGAAUCAGCCUUUCCGCAGCAUGCUUGAGGGUGGCCGUUUGGAAGGCCUCGUUGAAGGGAAGAGAGGUAGAUGGACAUGUCAGUUGAAAGAUCGAGGUACAAAUAUGAUGGGAUAACCUCUUGUUCAGUUUUUGUUCACAGCAGAUUUCCUUGUAUGAAUUUUGUUUCUACUAUUCUGAACAGUAUAUCUUUUCAACGCAAUCAAGCGACACAGCAAUCAGAUUCUAUCUACAGUCGGCAACUUCUUAGACACGAAAGAGCUUCUCGACACCCAGGCAAUAUGUCUUCCUCUCGUGGAUCAUCUGUCGCUGUAGAUGAUGAGAGCUUUCACGAUAGUCCAAUCACUCCUCAGAGCCCAAUUCCCAAAGAUGAGCUGAAGACUACAUCUUCUCUCAAAGGUCUACAAACAGAGGAGCAGCAACGUGUUCUUGACACCGUUGCACACUUGAGAAAGUGUGGCCUCGAGAAUACUCUGCCCCUUCCACAACUGGUCGUUUGUGGUGACCAAUCUGCUGGUAAAAGUUCGGUUCUCGAGGCAUUGACCGAAAUCCCUUUCCCGAGAAAUGACAAUCUAUGUACUCGUUUUGCAACUGAGAUUAGUCUCCGCAACGCUGACACGAAAACACUGACUAUCAAGAUUAUUCCGGAUGAUGAGCGGCCAUCUAAAGAGCAGACCAUGAUUAAGGGGUUUGUGGAAAGCAUCACAGAUUUUGAUGAACUUCCUCGAAUCAUGGAUCUAGCCAUGGAAGCUAUGGGUAUAAGUGCUAAUCUCGACCCGAAUGCUCCACCACGGGCAUUUGCGAGAGAUGUCCUGAGCAUUGAAUAUUGUGGCCCAGAUUGUCCCCAGCUGACUUUGGUCGAUCUUCCGGGUUUGAUCGCCUCUGAAACUGUCGAGGCAACAGCUGCAGAUGUUGAAACAGUCGCAGCCAUAACAGAGCAUUACAUAAAGCAGCCUCGAACAAUUUGCCUUGCUGUUGUCUCUGCAAAAAACGACGUUGCGAAUCAGCAAAUCUUGAAGAGAGUGAGGGCCCACGAUCCUCACGGGGAUCGCACUCUUGGUAUCAUCACUAAGCCAGAUACUCUUGAUAAAGGCUCUGGAAAUGAGAAAGCUUUCAUCAGCUUGGCGAAGAACGAGAAUGUCAGAUUUAGACUGGGUUGGCACGUGGUAAAGAAUCGAAGAUACGAGGAGAGAGAUUUUUCUCUAAUGGAACGUAACAUGGCGGAAGAUUCUUGGUUUCGUGCCUCCAACUUCAAGACUUUGUCGAGAAAUCACAUCGGCAUCGAACGAUUGCGUGGUCGUUUGGCCGCUCUAUUGUUCCAACACAUCAAAAAAGAACUCCCUCAGCUCCGUCGUGAUCUUGAAACGCAACUCGCCACUGCAAGUGAACAACUCGGGUUGCUCGGCGAUGCUAGAUCUACACCUUCUGAGUGUCGAGCAUAUCUGGUACAGCUCAGCACCGAUGUCCAAAAAAUCUGCGCCGCUGCGGUUGAUGGACAUUAUGAAGGGCGAUACUUUCAAUGUGAAGUUAACUCCGAGUUCAAACUCGAUCAGAAAGCAGCCCUUCGUCGUAUGCGAGCUUGUGUUCAAACGAUGAACUCUCAAUUCACGGAAGUAGUGCGUAGAAAAGGUCACAAAUACCAGAUCGACAAUUCUGUAGGCGCACAAUCGACUAGAGGAACGAUGGAAGCAGAAGAAGCAGUUGAAAAAGGCGAGCCUGAAAGACUUACGAAGAAGGAGGGUCUGGAUUGGGUGAGGCAGGCACUCACUAGGACUCGUGGAAAGGAGCUUCCAGGCAACUACAACCCUUCACUAAUUUCAGAGCUGUAUUGGGAGCAAUCCGUGAAAUGGGAAGAGCUCGCCGCACAACACAUUGAACGAGUGUCCGAUGUGUGCACCGAGUUCCUCAAGAACUUACUUCUAGAAAUGACCCCAAGAGACGUUGAAUCACGCUUGUGGUCAUCCCGGAUCGAGGACGAGUUGAGAAAUCGCAAUGCUGCCGCCAGUCGAGAGUUGGAUAACUUGAUUGUAGACAACAUGAACCAUCCCAUCAACUACAAUCAUUAUUACACCGAUACGAUUAAGAGCCGCCAGGAAGAACGAGCAAAUGCAGAACUCGAAAAAUGUUGUCAGGAUGCUUCCGCCGGGGUUGAGACAUCUGAAGGAGUGCAGCUAGGUCCUGUGAUCCAAAAAUUGAAGGAAAGCCUCUUCAAGAGCACCGAGAAAGAUAUGGAAGUCGUUUCAUGCGAAGCGGCUUUGGAUUGUGUCAUGGCAAUCUACAAGGUCCUUCAAAAGGUUUUCAUCGCAAACGUGACUACGCAAGUAGUCGAGCGUCACAUUGUUCGCGGCUUGGAACGCAUUUUCGACCCUGUUGCUGUCAACAAGAUGUCUGACCAAGAUGUCGAGGCGAUUGCUAGUGAACCAGGCCAAGCCAGACAAGAGAGGGCAUAUUUGGAGGACCAGAUUAAAAAGCUUGGAGAAGGAAAACGAAUUUUCCGAACGAUCAUGAGCGGUGCGACUACACUCUAGGACGUCGAGCGGUAUUUGACUACAUGUGAGGGAGGAUUGUGAGAUGCGGCUGGUGCGAAGUGGGUGUUGCGGGUAGAGUGGAAGGAAGAAUAGUGCCGGCGAAUACCGUACCGCGGGAGUACAUUUCCUUUUUGCUUCGACAGUGAUCGUUGUACUACUGGAUAUCUACCUUUAUUAUUAUCGUUAUUGUAGCUUUUCAUGCCUCAUUAGUAGGUUGGUGCAACAUUAUGAUUUUUCAUCUUUGUUAAAGUGCGAUGAGUGAUAAGAUU